AAUUGAAAAUGGCGGCAAUAUAUAGGCUUUAUUGGAUAUUGGGUCAAAUUGUUUAGUUUCUUGUUGCAAAUAGAGUUAAAAUGAGCGAAUUCAGGAUACAUCACCAUGUUUCGCAGCUCUUGGGCUUAUUAGGAGCCAGCACAGGAGAUGGCCCUGAAGUGUAUGCUGAAAUGUUGACAAAGAACUUGACCCCUUAUGUGACAACACAGGUAUCAGCUCACGCAGCUAAAAAGAAGAUAGCUGAAACAAGUUCAACUCCAAGGGACUUUUUAAAGAAAUAUGAUGAAUUGAAAUCUAAAAAUGUCAGAGAACUUGAUCCAUUGGUUUACCUGCUCUCAAGACUGGCAGAGGAUAAACAGAUGCUAACUUUCCUUGAAAAGAACUCCAAGGAUCGCUCUAAGGCACAUCUUGUGGCUAUUUCAAGUGGAGCCAAAAGUAGUGUAAUAGCAAAAGCUGAUGCUGUACAGGAUAUCAUACCUCCAUCAGGCCCCAUGUCGCAACAUGAACUUAAUGAGCUCCGUACUAAGCUUGCCUCAGUCACAAGUAGUAAUAGUCAAUCAGGAUCAUCUCCAGAGGCUGUACUUAAAGCCUUGCGAGAGAAACAAGCAAGGAGGACUGGGAAUUUACCACCCACUCCUUCUUGGGUCACUGAACGGCCUUACUUAAGCAGAGACUAUGUUUCUGGAGCAGGCUCAAGUCAUGCCACUCCACCUGUGUCAGUUGGUACGUUACCUCUACCAAUGCAGGAGUUAGCUAUUGUGGAAGAUCUUUUAUUCCUUAUGAUGGGUGUGGAGGGAAAAUAUUUGCUUGUAAAACCCCUGAAAGACAAGUACAGUGCAAGAAGUUUUACCAUUGACAAGACUCUAGAGAUAACACUUUUGGAGCUGGUGCAAAGGAUACUGCCAGUCUGCUCACACUACUCAACUAUCUGCAGAUUCAUGGAAGCAAAAUCUUCCUUUGAACAUGGUCUUGUAAAUCAUGCUUUGUGUGCUGCAAUGAGGACAUUAUUGAAGGAAUAUCUCAUUCUUGUAGCACAACUGGAACAUCAAUUCAGACUGGGUCAGCUGUCAUUGCAGAAACUGUGGUUUUAUAUUCAGCCUUGUAUGAGAACUAUGGAGAUACUUUCAUCUAUAUCAGUGGCUAUUGAUAAGGGAAGUUGUAAGGGAGGAGCUGUGUUGACACUGUUACAUGAAAAGACUGUAGGAUAUACAGGGGACAGGAAAUCCCAAGAUCUCUGCUUGUUUCUCACUCAGGCAGCUUGUGUUCCAUAUUUUGAUAUCCUUGAGCAGUGGAUUUACAAAGGGAUUAUCAGUGAUCCUUAUUCUGAGUUCCUUGUGGCAGAACAUGGUUCCAUUCAGAAAGAGAAGGUCACUGAAGAUUACAAUGAUGCUUACUGGGAGCAACGAUACACCGUCGUAAGAGAGAACAUUCCUGUAUUUCUGGAAAAGGUAGCACAAAACAUUCUCAGUACAGGGAAAUACUUGAAUGUUUUUCGACAGUGCGGUCAGAAUGUCCAAUGCCCAAACGCUGAUGAGAUUAUUUACACACUUAAUGAGAGAGAAUAUGUUGAAAAGAUUGAAAAGGCUUACAGCUACGCUAGUAAGACACUGUUGGAUCUGCUGAUGGAUGAAAGGGCACUGAUGGCUCGAUUGAGGUCUAUCAAGCAUUACUUUCUCAUGGACUUGGGAGAUUUCUUUGUUCAAUUCAUGGAUCUAGCUGAAGAUGAGAUGAAAAAAAACAUGGAUGAUAUAAUGCCUUCCAGACUGGAAACAUUGUUAGAGUUAGCUUUAAGGACAAGUACAGCAAACAAUGAUCCGUACAAAGAUGACUUGAGAGUCGAUUUGCUUCCCUAUGACCUCAUCACUCAGCUCUUCCGUAUCUUGUCUGUGGCUUAUGACAGUAAAGGCACAACGACGUAUAAUCAGGAUCCCACUGAGCUCCAGAUAUCAGGACUUGAAGCCUUCUCGUUUGAUUACGUGGUGAAAUGGCCCGUUUCGUUAAUCCUCAGCAAAAAGGCUCUCACGAAAUACCAGAUGCUGUUUAGACAUUUAUUUUAUGCCCGUCAUGUUGAAAGACAGCUAUGCAAUGUUUGGGUGAGCAAUAAGAGAGCAAAGCAGUUUACUCUGAAUUCUUCCCCAUGGUAUGCAGCUGCGUUUGCUCUUCGUCAGCGGAUGCUGCACUUUGUACAGACAUACGAGCACUAUAUGAUGUUUGAGGUUCUGGAGCCCAGCUGGCAUGUUAUGGAGAAAAGUCUUAAAACGGUUACAAAUAUCGAUGGUGUACUAGAAAAGCACAACGACUUUUUGGACCGCUGUUUGAAAGACUGUAUGCUGACAAAUAUAGAGCUGCUGAAGGUUGUUAGCAAGUUAAUGCUGGUUUGUGUGACAUUCACGAAUUGUAUGCAGCGGUUCACCCAGAGCGCAAGCGUGGAAUCACAGGAGACCGAUGCUACAGGAGUGAGUCCAAUGAGUAAGAAAGGUCCACCGCCGGGAGAACAAGAGAAGCGUAAAACUACCGCAAAGGUUGUGUUUGAUCAUGUUGACCAAAUGAUCAGUGGCGAGGAUUUUGAACGCACCAUUCAGAACUUCGACAAUAAUUUUUCUCGUCAUUUGAUGGACUUGUUGGAGAAGCUUAGCCAUUACUCUACAACAGACUGUGAACAUCAAAUGCUGAAUAUCAUCGCCCGGCUGGAUCACAAUGGAUAUUACACGGCGCAAUUAGAGAAAUACGUUGCCCAAGAAUCCGGUGCCCUUAGUGGAUCCUCGGAAUCAAAGACUGCAAUCAAGUCUUCCUCGUCAUUACUCUCAGCCUCAGUUGAUAAUCUGGCGGAUGUUCCCAUCGUUCCAGCUCAUUUACGUUCGGCAGUUUCUUUGGAUCAGCUGCAAAACGGGCAGAGCUACUUAGCUAAGCCAACAUCCUUACCUGACCUGUCGGACGGGAGAGCAAAGAAGAAAUAGUAAACAUUUCGUAUGAAAUGAUCACUUAGAACAGUUUUCUUCAUGUAUUAUGGGGGGGAUGGGUGGAGGAUAAAUAUCGCAAUGUCCCGCGAGGACCAUCAGUAGUAAGCGGUUAUUAAAUGUUCAUUAGCAAUGGAACGACGCAGUGGUAGCAUUUAAUUGAACCCUCAACGUCGCUAAGGGUGAAAGUGGUGAUACAAUCUCAUGCAAAGCCUUUUACCUUCUUUAUCUUGGCAACGCACUCUGCAUUAGAAAGAGGUUUCACGCUUUACUAGGAAAAGAAACUCAGGAAUAUUCAGUCCACCUUUCUAAUCGAUCUGUUUUUUCUAAGACAUGAUCAAUUAAAAAACUUUUGAAAAUUCAGUUUUUGUAUUCGGUCUUGGAUGAGGUAUCCUUCAAAAGAAAUGUCCGUGAGUCGAAAAGAAAAGAAAAUGUAGUAUUUAUUACCAGGAGAACAUCGCUUUGUUACAUCUUUGUAUUAUUCUAACUAUGACAUCAUGUUACAGUAUGAGGGACUAUUUUCGUUAGUAUUUUGUACAUAGUUCUUGGAUUGAAGUUAUGUUAAGG